AUGGAUCAAGGCAAUAUGUCAGGAGUGACUGAAUUUGUACUGAACAGUCUUUCAGGUUCUCGAGAGCUACAACUUUUCUAUUUUGCAUUUUUUACCGUUUUCUAUUUAUCCAUUGUGCUGGGAAACCUCUUCAUUUUGCUCACCAUCAUCUCUGAACCCAUGCUGCACACACCAAUGUACUUUCUACUCAGCAACCUCUCCUUCCUCGAUGUGUGUCUGUCUACCUUUGCUACCCCCAAAAUGAUUUUCGACUUCCUUAUGGAGCACAAGACCAUUUCUUUUGAGGGCUGCAUGGCCCAGAUAUUCUUUCUGCAUGUCUUUGCUGGUGGUGAAAUGAUGCUUCUUGUGGCCAUGGCAUAUGACAGAUAUGUAGCUAUAUGUCGACCCCUACACUAUGCAACCGUUAUGAAUGUACACAAGUGCAUUGUCCUCGUGGUGGGCUCCUGGAUCAUUGGGGUCCUACACUCAAUAAGUCAGUUGGUCUUCACAGUAAACCUUCCAUUCUGUGGUCCCAAUAAGGUGGAUAGUUUUUUCUGUGACCUUCCCCUGGUAAUCAAACUUGCUUGCACUGACACUUAUAUUCUUCAGGUACUAUUGCUUUCAGACAGUGGUCUAAUGGCCAUGAUGUCCUUUUUCCUCCUGCUGAUCUCAUACACAGUCAUCCUGGUGACUGUGCGACGUCGUUCCUCAGCAGGCAUGGCCAAGGCACGGGCCACUCUGACGGCCCACAUCACCGUGGUUACCCUCUUCUUUGGCCCCUGCAUCUUCAUUUAUGCCUGGCCUUUUAGUGACUUGCCCGUGGAUAAACUUCUUUCAAUAUUUUAUACUGUUUUCACUCCUCUUUUAAACCCCCUGAUCUAUACCUUAAGAAACAAAGAGGUGAUAUCAGCAAUGAGAAAACUAAGGAAUCGACAGAUAAGUUCCUGA